UGGCAUGAUACAGUUCGUCUCUUUUCUGUUCGGGAUGCAAAUUCAAGUGAUCUUUUGGGCUACUUUUUUCUUGAUAUAUUUUCCAGGGAAGGAAAAUAUGGCCACACCUGUGUUGUGGCACUUCAGAAUGGAUGCCUGUGUUCUAACGGUUCACGUAAGGUUCCAGUUGCAGUCUUAUUAUCUCAAUGCCCGAAAGAGUUUGAUGGGAAUUCAGCAUUGCUGCGGUUCCCUGAACUUGUCAGGAUAUUCCAUGAAUUCAGCCACGUGGUUCAUCACAUAUCGAACAGAGCCACCUUUUCUAGAUUUUCAAGUCUCCGUCUGGAGGGAGACUUUGCUGAAAUUCCAAGCCUGUUACUUGAGAACUGGUAGGCGUAUUUCUUUUUUGUCAGUGGCAUGCUAA